AUGGGUAGAUUUCACGAGUAUCAAGUGGUUGGUCGUAAACUUCCAAGCAAAAAAGACAGUAUUCCAAGACUUUAUCGUAUGAGACUUUUUGCCCCUAAUGAAGUUGUUGCGAAAAGUAGGUUUUGGUACUUCCUUAAAAAACUCAAAAAAGUGAAAAAAGCCGCCGGUGAAAUUGUUUCUAUUAAUGAGAUCUUUGAAAAAAGACCUCUACAAGUUAAAAUUUUCGGUAUAUGGCUUCGUUAUGAUUCUCGUUCUGGCACACAUAAUAUGUAUAAGGAAUAUCGGGAAAUGACCAGAACUGAUGCCGUUUAUUCUUGUUACCAAGAUAUGGCUGCUCGUCAUCGUGCUCGAUUUUCUUCAAUUCAAAUUAUGCGUGUGAGACGUCCAUAUAUCACUCAACUACUCCAACCCAAUCUCAAAUUCCCUCUUCCUCAUCGUGUACGAAGAUCAAAGAAAACUACGUUCUUGGCCAAACGUCCUUCAACUUUCUAUUAA